AUGGCGACCACCGUCAGCACGCAGCGCGGGCCGGUGUACAUCGGGGAGCUCCCCCAGGACUUCCUGCGCAUCGCGCCCACGCAGCAGCAGCAGCAGGUGCAGCUGGACGCGCAGGCGGCCCAGCAGCUGCAGUACGGCGGGGCGCUGGGCACGGUGGACCGCCUCAACAUCACCGUGGUGCAGGCCAAGCUGGCCAAGAACUACGGCAUGACCCGCAUGGACCCGUACUGCCGGCUGCGCCUGGGCUACGCCGUGUACGAGACGCCCACAGCCCACAACGGCGCCAAGAACCCUCGCUGGAACAAGGUCAUCCACUGCACCGUGCCGCCCGGCGUGGACUCCUUCUACCUGGAGAUCUUCGACGAGCGAGCCUUCUCCAUGGACGACCGCAUCGCCUGGACGCACAUCACGCUGUCGGAGGCGCUGCGGCAGGGCGAGGUGGAGGACAAGUGGUACUGCCUGAGCGGGCGGCAGGGCGACGACAAGGAGGGCAUGAUCAACCUGGUCAUGUCCUACUCGUCCAUGCCUGCCACCAUGAUGAUGCCGCCUCAGCCCGUGGUCCUGAUGCCCACCGUGUACCAGCAGGGUGUCGGCUACGUGCCCAUCACGGGCAUGCCUGCCGUGUGCAGCCCUGGCAUGGUGCCCGUGGCCUUGCCCCCGGCGGCUGUGAGCGCCCCGCCCCGCUGUAACGAGGAGGACCUGAGGGCCAUCCAGGACAUGUUCCCCAACAUGGACCGCGAGGUGAUCCGCUCGGUGCUGGAGGCCCAGCGCGGGAACAAGGACGCGGCCGUCAACUCGCUGCUGCAGAUGGGCGAGGAGUCCUAG